AUGGAUAGCUACUCGCAGGCUAUGAUGGAGAAGGAGCGCAAGAAGAUGCAGGCUCUGGUGCAGCAGAGAUCUGACAGCACGGAUGUUUCUUACCAUUCUGCUCUCAUGAUUCCGGAGCGUCCUACUCUUCCCUACACCAUCAGCGCGCCUGAAUGGAACGUCUACUCGUCUGCGGUCAAGUACCUGGAGAUUCAGAUCGAUGAGGCGGAGGCGUGGCUGGCGAGCGUCUUGAGGGUGUUCACGAAGGUCUAUACUAUUUCAAAGAUCUUUGUCAUGAUCCUUCGUCACUAUGGCGUGGAGUUGGAUGACGGUCCGGACGGCAUCAUGGCCCAUCUCAACAGAGCGGAAGAGCUCGCCACUUGCGAUUCGGUUCUCGCGCUGAUCGAGAAUGUGGAGAACUUGUACUAUGCCGCCUAUGCGCGUCUCAUCAUGGAGAUUGCGAAUGUCGAGCUGUGUUCCUACUUCACGGCGGAUCUAGCCCCCGCAGGCCAUCGCAGAGAGUCGCGUCUGCCCGAGCCCAAAUUUCUGGUCAAGAUCCUGCUUUUCUGUAAACAGGUGCUGGAUUCUCCCUCCAUCUGCGUCGUUCGCAACAAAAAGCUGGUUCAGACGCACCAGGACUAUUUUCUCCGCUACUCCAUGGAGAGAUUCGUUGGCCAUGCUUUCCCUCUGGACGAUCUGCUGGGCUACCGCCGCUUUGUCCUGCGCAUCGUCGGCGACCCGGACUCGCAGUUUUGCCAGAAGUGGGCGUCUGACAACCCGUCCAUCGAGUACCAGCUGCCUGUGCAGGAAGUGCUGGCUAUCCAGUCGGAGAAAUACCUGACCUUUACCCCCAAGGCGCUCGUGGCCGACGAGAUUCCUACUUCCGUCCUGCCGCUGGUCCGACGCAAAGACGAUCCCGCGCGCUGGGAAAGAGAGCUGAUCCGCGACUAUCGCCAGGCGACUCUAGCCAAGCUGGAGGGCCGCUGCAUCGGGGAUAUCCGCCGCGAGGACGACCGCCGACUGCUGGUGGAAUACGCCAAGGAGCGCAAGUGCACCUGUCGUUCGGCCUGCGUCUGCGCCUGGGACUGCACCAUGUUCCCGGAGCGUGUAUGCCCCUGCGGAGACCGCGUGAUGCGCGUCAUGUUCGUCAAGCACCGCAAGAACCACGCUGAUCGCCCUGUCGGUGUGCGCUGCAACAGUCUGGCGCGGGCUGUGUUCCAGGGUUUCUCGUGUCUAAAGCGUGACAUUGACGACUUUGAGAUUGCGGUGGAGCUCAACCGGGCGUUUUUGCUCUUCGCGGAAGAGAUUCAGAAACAGCGCGUGGCUUCGAUGACUAGUAUGGCUAGAAAUGGUCUGACGGGCUAUGCCUUGCGCGCCAAACGACCCUCACGGCCCUUUCCCCCGCCGUUCCUGUCGCCGCCGUCGUCUUCCUUCUCCGAUCCUCUGACUACCCAUUCCUUGAGUCAGGAUAGGAGAUUGUCCGUUGGGGGGGAACUCGUGCGAGGGCUCAACAACGGCGACGAUGCCGUCCUCGUCGCGGACAACUUCCUGGCCGUCAACGAUGGCGUGGGAGCUUGGAUGACCAAGCCGCGAGGUCACGCUGCUCUCUGGUCCCGACUCCUCUUACACUUCUGGGCCCUCGAGGUCGAGCGCGAACCCGACGGCGAAAACCCCCCCGAUCCGAUCGAGUACCUCCAGCGAGCCUACGAAGAAACCACCCGGGCCACGACCACCCCGAGCGCCUGGUACGGCACAACCACCUCAGUAACGACGCUACUACACUACUCGCGCGACAGCGAGGGCAACCCCAAACCCCUCCUCUACGUGACCAACCUGGGCGACUGCAAGGUGCUUGUCAUCCGGCCGCGGGAGAAAAAGGUGCUCUUCCGCACCGAAGAACAGUGGCACUGGUUCGACUGCCCCAUGCAGCUGGGGACUAACAGCGUCGAUACCCCUCGCAAGGAUGCCGUCUUGUCGCUGGUCGACCUGGAAGAGGAUGACAUCGUGCUGGCUGCGUCGGACGGCGUGCUGGACAACCUGUGGGAGCACGAGGUGCUCACGCUGACGCUGGAGAGCUUGGAGAAAUGGGAACAGGGCCGCCACGACAGUGAAGCUCCUGACCAGACGCAUCCCGCCAUGCUGACCGAGGAAUGCAUGGUGUUUGUGGCGCGCGAGCUGCUCCGCGCGGCCCUUGAAAUCGCGCAGGAUCCCUACGCGGAGAGCCCUUAUAUGGAGAAGGUGAUCGAUGAGGGACUGGCUUUUCAAGGGGGUAAAAUGGACGACAUCAGCGUGGUCGUCGGUCGCUGCCGGCGGAGAGAGAGCUGA